AUGGCUGGUGUAGCAAAAAUCUUUGAUGGUCAUAUUCUGAAUAAAUCAAAAGGAUUAGUUGAUCUUAAUGAUGAAAAAUAUAAAGGAAAAAUAAUUGGUCUUUAUUUUAGUGCUCAUUGGUGUCCACCAUGUCGUGGUUUUACUCCAGUAUUGAUUGAAUUUUAUAAGACAAAUGCAGAAAAGAAAAAUUUUGAAAUAAUAUUUAUAAGUUCUGAUAGUGAUGAAAAAUCAUUUGAUGAAUAUUAUAAAGAUAUGCCAUGGUUAUCGUUAGAUUUUAACGAACGUAAAAAAAAAGAAGAAUUAGGAAAAAAAUAUAAUGUUACUGGCAUUCCAACAUUAAUUUUACUUGAUGGAGAUUCAGGAGAUAUUGUUUCUACUGAUGGAAGAAAUCAAAUUCAAUCGAAAGAUACCAAAGGAGAAAAUUUUCCAUGGAAAUCAUCAUAG